AUGGCGCCUGUGAAGAAUGGGAUCAAGUCGCCCAUCAAGCCCGCUCCUCGUGUGGCGGGCUCAACGCAAGAUGUAUGGUCAAUCAUCAACGCCGCGGCGGCAUCCACGGAGAAGCAGCCGGUAGUCAACAUGGGACAAGGCUUCUUCGGCUACAAUCCUCCCCAGUUCCUGAUAGACGCCGCGAAACAUGCCGUAGAGCGCCUCGACUGCAACCAAUACGCACCUCCGAAAGGCCGUCUCCGUCUGCGACAAGCCGUUUCGAAUGCCUACUCUCCUUUCUGGGGCCGGAAAAUCGACCCGGAGACGGAAAUCGCCAUCACAACCGGCGCGAACGAAGGGUUCCUGAGCUGUUGCAUGGCAUUUCUGCAGCAGGGCGACGAGGUUUUGCUGCUCGAGCCUUUUUUCGACCAAUACAUCAGCAAUAUCGAGAUGGCUGGAGCCAAAGUCGUCUCGGUGGCGCUACAGCCACCAAAGUCAGGAAUGACGAAAACGCACUCUGCGGGCGAAUGGUCGCUCGACAUUGAAGCUAUGAAGAGAGCCAUAACUCCUAAGACGCGGAUGCUCGUGCUAAACACGCCUCACAAUCCAUUGGGCAAGAUAUUCAAUGCGGAAGAGCUGAAGCAGAUUGCCGAAGUUUGCGUACAGAACAACAUUCUCAUCAUAUCCGACGAGGUGUAUGACCGACUAUUCUACGUGCCGUUUACUCGCAUUGCGACCAUGUCGCCCGAGGUGGAACGACUCACUUUGACCCUGAGCUCGGCGGGAAAGAACUUUUAUGCCACAGGUUGGAGAGUCGGCUGGGUAAUGGGUCCUCCGGAGCUGAUAACAUACAUCGUAAAAGCACAUGCGCGAAUCUGCUAUUGCUCUCCAUCGCCUCUGCAGGAGGCAUUCGCUAUUGGUUUCGAACAAGCCGAAGACAAUGGCUUUUGGGACGAAUGCAUCAAAGACAUGAAGUUCAAGAUGGACUUCUUCAACGAGAUCUGGCACGAGCUCGACAUGCCCUACUCAGAGCCCGAAGGCGGCUACUUCGUCGUGGUCAACAUGAGCAAAGUGAAACUACCAGAGGACUACCCCUUCCCCGACCAUGUGCUCGAGCGUCCGAGGGACUUUAAGCUGGCGUGGUUCCUUAUCCAAGAACUCGGCGUAGCAGCAAUCCCGCCCAGCGAGUUUUACUCGCCGCCAAACCAGCAUAUUGGCGAGCAGUGGAUGCGGUUUGCCGUGUGUAAGCCGGAUUCUGUUCUUGAAGCCGCCAAAGACAGAUUACGGGGUUUGAAACAGUAUAUUCAUUAG